AAAUCAAUUACCUUAUGCAUCAAAUAGAAAACUGGUUUUACCUUCAGCUUCUUUCUAUAUAAAUCGACAUUUUGCUACACUAGAGCAUAGUUUUUCGGUAGCAUCCAAGGAAUUAGCAACGUUUGCAACAUGAAGAAAAUUGUUUGUCUUCUAUUCGUCGUAUCGUGCGCUGUCGCGAUUCCGGUUGAUCCCCAUGCGACAGUGAAAGCUGAGCCCAAACCUGUGCAUCCCGCGCCACCACUAGUGCCUACCGACGACCAGAAAACGACGACGGCAAAAUCUGUGCACAAGCGUGAAACUCAAGCUGUACCAGCUCAUGCGUUACCUGCCGCUGCCGCUAGCCAUCCAGCCGGUCAACAGAACAAGAAUGGACCUACUCAGGGAUCGCACACCACCCAGGUAGAUUAUGCUCCUCACUCUGUGAAGACCGCUCACAAGCGUGAAACACAAAAUGCUCCUGCUCAACCAUCUCCAGCAAGCCACCUAGCAGCUCAACCUGCUAAGAGCGUAUCCAGCGGUGCAAACACGACCCCAGCUAGCAAAACUAUUCAUAAGCGUGAAACACAGAACGUGCCCGCUCAUCCAGCUGCCACCGCGACUGCCAUCAAUCCUGCUGCUCAAACCGUGAAGACUGGACCAUCUCAAGUUCAUCAAUCUGCUCCGGUAACCAAUGGUCAGCUGCCAGUGAAAUCUGUGCCCAAACGUGACACCCAAAACAUUCCAGCUCAUCCAGCUGUCGCUUCUGCCAGUCACCCUGCUACCCAAACAACUAAGAAUGGACCAACUCAGGUACCCCAAGGAACACCCGCUGCCGCUCAACCGCUGAAGACCACUCACAAGCGUGAAACCCAGAAUGCUCCUGCCCAUCCAGCUGUUGUUGCAAGCGCCGUCACUCCAGCUGCUCAAGUGACAAAGAACGGACCAACACAGGCACCUCACAGCAUUCCAUCCAACGUUCAGCAGGUUGUGAAGCCCACGCAAAAGAGAGACACCCAAAAUGUCCCAUCCCACCCUGCCGUCGCCGUAAAUGCCGCUAAUCCAACUGCUCAAGUAUCGAAGAACGGACCAGCCCAAGCCUCUCACACUGUUUCGACCAACAAUGGCCAACAGCAGGUGAAAUCCGUACACAAACGUGAAGCAAAUGCUCCAGCGCAUUCCGGCUCAGCUGCUCCAUCCACUCAACAGAAGACCAAGAACGGACCAACUCAAGCACCACAAACUACCCCGGCUGCCAAAACAACCCACAAGCGUGAUACUCAGAGUGUUCCAACUCACCCAGCUGCUCACUCAACUGCCCAAGUAACUAAGAACGGUCAAACACAAGUUCCUCACGGUACUCCAGUAGUCAAUGACCCAAAAGCAGUAAAGAGCGUCCACAAGCGUGACACUCAAAGUGCUCCAGCUCAUCCAGCUGCUCAAGCGACCAAGAAUGGACCAACUCAGGCACUCAGCACCAACAAAGCUGCGGCAGCGGUCAAGUCCAAGGUCGAUUCUGUAAAGCCAGCCAAGAACCAUCAAAACCCAAAGCCCACUACUCAAGCGCCCGCCAAAAAAUCAUAAAUUUUUAAACACAGUGCAUUCUUCAUCGAUUCCUUUCACUCGGAAAUGAACAAUAAAAACUGAAAUUCAUUGCACCCAAAA